AUGGAGAAGUCGAAAGGGGAAAAUGAAGCUGUAGAAGAUGAAGCGGUACAUGAAAUGUAUCGACUCUAUGAUGUUGUUCGGGUUGAUGUGGAGGAGAAAGAGAAUGAAGUGCAAGAAAAGGAGGAUAUAGAAUUGCAGGACCACAGGAUGAUGGCUCAAUAUUUGCCUCUCCUAAGAGAAGUUUUGCCAACCGCUGCUGUGGAGAUUGAAGAUAAUAUUCACUAUUACACGUCUAGACGAGAUAGACCUGCAUCCCUGAAACAGGCAACACUGGAAACACUUGGCUAUGUGUGUGAGGGAAUAUCUCACCAUGAUCUUGUGCAAGAUGAAGUAAAUGCUAUUCUCACAGUUGUUGUUCAAGGCAUGAAUGUUACUGAGGCAAACCCAGAGGUCCGGCUUGCUGCAACCAGAGCUUUGUACAAUGCCCUUGAUUUUGCACAGACCAACUUUGAGAAUGAGAUGGAGAGGAACUAUAUUACGAAGGUGAAUUGUGAUGCAGCCUUUUCAUCAGAACUUGCUCGAUCUGUUCCAUCACUGGAACCUGAUGGAGUUGACCUUCUAUCAAAAAAUGAGAUAAUUUUUUUCCUUGGCUUCAGUGCUGCAGUAAACUCGGAGACUCGUGAGGAAGUCGCCAUUAAGAAGAUUGGCGAUGCAUUUGACAAUAGAAUAGAUGCCAAGAGGACGUUACAAGAAAUAAAACUUCUACGUCACAUGGACCAUGAUAAUGUAAUUGCAAUUAAAGACAUUAUUCGGCCUCCACAAAAGGAGAACUUCAAUGAUGUCUACGUUGUGUACGAACUAAUGGACAGUGAUCUUCACCAGAUUAUCCGAUCCAAUCAACCAUUAGCUGAUGAUCAUUGUCGGGGUUGGCCUCAUUUUCUCACAAAGAUCUUGUUUACUUUAUCAUAA